UAGCAGUUUCCCAUCCCAGCCUUUGCUGCAUCUCAUGCGAGCACAUUAUAUACAGCUAGACUUCCUAGGCCGACGAGGAACAGACAGACGGUUGCUGGGAGAGGAACACCACUACAUGCCGGCUUCUCUUAUUACAGUAAACACACGUCGCUUCUGAGCCUCAAACCCAUUUUCCUGCCUUACUGGAAAGGAUUGUAAGGUAACUCUUCAGGCUUCAGGAAUUUUUCACCAAAGAGGUGAAGCAGGAUGAUAGCAGCACAGCUUCUGGCCUACUACUUCACUGAGCUGAAGGAUGACCAGGUCAAAAAGAUUGACAAAUACUUGUUUUCCAUGCGGUUCUCUGAUGAGACACUGCGAGACAUCAUGGCCCGUUUCCGAAGGGAAAUGGAUAACGGUCUGGCCCGAGACACCAACCCAACAGCUACUGUCAAGAUGCUGCCCACCUUUGUAAGGUCCAUUCCUGAUGGAUCAGAAAAAGGAGAUUUCAUUGCUCUGGAUCUGGGUGGCUCUAAUUUCCGUAUUCUGCGUGUAAAGGUAUCACACGAGAAGAAACAGACUGUGCAGAUGGAAAGUCAGAUAUAUGACACACCAGAAGAUAUUGUCCAUGGCACUGGAACGCGGCUGUUUGACCAUGUUGCAGAAUGCCUCGGUGACUUCAUGGAGAAACAUAAUAUUAAAGACAAGAAGCUUCCUGUGGGAUUCACAUUUUCAUUCCCUUGUGCACAAAGUAGACUUGAUGAGGCUGUUUUGCUGACUUGGACCAAACGUUUCAAAGCCAGCGGGGUUGAGGGAAUGGAUGUAGUUAAGCUGCUAAACAAAGCCAUCAAAAAACGUGGGGACUAUGAAGCAGAUAUUAUGGCUGUAGUCAAUGACACUGUAGGAACUAUGAUGACCUGUGGCUUUGAUGACCAGCGCUGUGAAGUUGGCAUCAUUAUUGGUACCGGCACUAAUGCGUGUUACAUGGAGGAGCUCAGACACAUUGACAUGGUGGAGGGAGAUGAAGGCAGAAUGUGUAUCAACACUGAAUGGGGAGCAUUUGGAGAUGAUGGAACACUGGAAGACAUCCGAACUGAGUUUGACAGGGAGAUCGAUCGUGGGUCUUUCAACCCCGGCAAGCAAUUGUUUGAGAAGAUGGUCAGUGGGAUGUACAUGGGUGAGCUGGUGAGACUAAUUCUAGUGAAAAUGGCCAAAGAAGGACUGCUCUUUGAGGGCCGCAUCACCCCAGAGCUGCUUACAAGAGGAAAAAUUGAAACCAAGCAUGUUUCUGCUAUUGAGAAGAGCAAAGAGGGACUAACCAAAGCCAAGGAUAUUCUGACCCGCUUGGGUGUCGAGCCAUCUGAAGAUGACUGCAUUGCUGUGCAGCAUGUUUGUGCUAUUGUCUCUUUUCGCUCUGCUAAUCUGAUUGCUGCCACUCUGGGCGCGAUCCUCACACGUCUCAAGGACAAUAAAAAUGCCCCACGUCUCCGUACAACAGUGGGCAUUGAUGGGUCCCUCUACAAGAUGCACCCACAAUAUUCCCGACGUCUGCAUAAGACCGUACGUCGUCUGGUGCCAGAAUCUGACGUCCGCUUCUUGCUCUCUGAGAGUGGAAGUGGCAAAGGUGCUGCUUUGGUUACAGCCUGGGCUUACCGAUUGGCCGAUCAAACACGUCAGAUCGCUGAGACUCUGGCAGAGUUCCGGCUGAGCAAAGAACAACUACUGGAGGUGAAGAAGCGAAUGAGAACCGAGAUCCAGAAUGGAUUGAGCAAGAGCACCCAAAGCACAGCUACGGUUAGGAUGUUGCCCACCUAUGUGCGAAGCACCCCGGAUGGAUCAGAAAAUGGAGACUUCUUGGCCUUGGAUCUUGGAGGUACAAACUUCAGGGUUCUACUGGUUAAGAUUCGCAGCGGCAAGAGGCGAACUGUGGAAAUGCAUAAUAAAAUCUAUGCUAUUCCGAUUGAAGUAAUGCAAGGAACUGGAGAGGAGCUCUUUGAUCACAUUGUGGCCUGUAUAUCUGACUUCCUGGAUUACAUGGGAAUGAAGAAUGCCCGGCUGCCUUUAGGCUUUACCUUCUCCUUCCCCUGCAGACAGACCAGCCUGGAUGCGGGAAUUCUGGUAAAGUGGACAAAGGGCUUCAAUGCCACAGACUGUGAAGGAGAAGAUGUUGUAGGUCUCCUGAGAGAGGGGAUCAAACGAAGAGAGGAGUUUGAUUUGGACGUAGUGGCUAUAGUGAACGACACAGUGGGUACAAUGAUGACCUGUGCAUAUGAAGAACCCACUUGUGAGGUUGGACUAAUCGCAGGAACGGGCAGCAACGCCUGCUACAUGGAGGAGAUGCGUAACAUUGAGACAGUGGAGGGAAAUGAAGGCCGAAUGUGUGUGAACAUGGAGUGGGGAGCGUUCGGUGACAAUGGCUGCCUGGAUGACAUCCGGACUAAAUAUGACGAUGCUGUGGAUGAUCUUUCUCUUAAUGCUGGAAAACAGAAGUAUGAGAAGAUGUGCAGUGGUAUGUACUUGGGAGAAAUUGUGCGAAACAUCUUGAUUGACCUGACAAAGCGUGGUUUCCUCUUCAGAGGUCAGAUCUCUGAGACUUUAAAGACCAGGGGUAUCUUCGAAACCAAGUUCCUUUCCCAAAUUGAGAGUGACCGUUUGGCACUACUGCAAGUGAGGGGCAUCCUGCAGCAUUUGGGUUUGGACACCACAUGUGAUGACAGUAUUAUUGUCAAGGAAGUGUGCGGAGCUGUUUCCCACAGGGCAGCUCAGCUCUGUGGAGCUGGGAUGGCUGCUGUCGUGGACAAAAUCCGGGAGAACCGUGGACUGGAUCAUCUGGACAUCACUGUUGGGGUUGAUGGCACUCUUUAUAAACUUCAUCCACAUUUCUCACGUAUAAUGCACCAGACUGUAAAGGAGCUCGCCCCCAACUGCAACGUCACCUUCCUCCUUUCAGAAGACGGAAGUGGGAAGGGCGCUGCCUUGAUCACUGCGGUCGGGUGCCGUAUCCGUCAGCAAGAACAAAAAAACUGAAUCCUGCACAGAACAAACCCUCAGCCCUCUCCAAGCCUCCAUUAUCUCCAUGUGCAGCUGUGACUUUGCUCUCCUUCACCAAGAUCCAUUUGCUCAUGCCCAGAGCUGAGGUUUAACUCAUUGCUUUCUGUUUCACUCCUUUAUAAAGUAUUUGUUACUGUAAGCCUUUCUCUAUAUGUGUGUGUGUCAGUGUGCGUUAUUAGGGGUCGGCCUAUCUCCGCCCACCCAAGAUGUAUAAGAUGUUAAAAUGUUGUUAAAAUAUUUAUGGAUGUAUAUUGAGGAAAGGGAAGAAAUGUAAACAAAACAUUGCAAACAUUAAAAGUUAAGACAUUUGACCAAUAGGAAUAUAUUAUUUAUUUUAUUUUUGUAUUUGGUGGCUGCAUUGUACCAUGAUGGAAGUGAUAGACGUGGAUUCCUGAGAUAAAGAAGAUAUUUUGUCGAGCGUAUGUCAAGCUAAUUCCAAAAGUUUGUGUACUGUAUUUUGCUUGUGGUGUGAAUAUUAGGAAUUGCACAAAGAUUUCAUGGCCAGAGUGGGGAAGAAAAUUUUAGCCUUGAGGUCACAGCUGCUAUUCCUCUGCAAUCAUUCGUAAACGCUUCCCUUUUGGGAUGCCCCUUUUGUAAUAGUCAAAUCAUAUAAAUGAGUAAGAAAAUAUAUUGCCUUUGCCUAUUAACCCUCUCUGAAAUACUCUUACCAUAUGAUAACUAAAGACUUGUUCCGCACUUAUAGCUUUUGUCAGCUUCUUGCUGUGUAUGUACGCAGAUAUGCAGGUUAUCAUCCCUACAGUUCAGAUUUCCAGCUAAUGUCUUUCUGUGUGCCCUGGCUUGGUUGUUUGUGAGUGAUCACAUGUAGUUAAUGUGGGUGAAUCUGUGUAGUGACUCAGAGAUGAAUGCAUGCCUUAUUUGUUAGCUGAGGUCUAGCAUCCACUGAUUUUGUACAAUUUCAUAGUUGCACUAUUUAAAUAGAUGUUCCUGGAAAACAUAUAGAAGAAAACCAUUAAAAUAUUUUGAAGAACUACA